AUCCAUUUUUUUUUGUUCAGAUCCACUCACUAGACACCAAAAUUUCUACUUCCCCUGAGACUGAGAGAGAGACAGAAAAUGGCGAGGGGAAGCGAGAGUGUGGGUGAGGGCGUACCGAAAGAGAUGAGCGAUCCACUGAGGCGCAUGGUAGCCAGCCUGGAGAAUCUGGAAGCAGAGCUGCCGAAUAUUCUCUCUCUCUCAAACCCUUUCAUCCUCUCUAAAAUGCCUCCUCUUCAACGCGCUCACUCCCUCUUAACCCUUGCCAACAUCACUUCCACCCUUUUCUCAUUGAAGUUGAGAUGCAAAGGGACUAAUCCAGAUUAUCAUCCCCUCAAAUCUGAACUUGACAGGUUAAAAGUUUACCAACGCAAACUGGAACCCUUUGCGGAUGUAGGUCAAGCUCUACCACUUCCUUCUUCUUUCUUGGAUGAUCAGGCUUCUGUUGACCGCUCCUUACGUGACCUCACUUCAGUACAAAGAAAAGAAAUGGCUAACAUGAGCAUUGGGGAGGUACCAACGAUGAGCAACUAUCAGGAGCAGGCUGGUCAGAAGAGAAAGCAUCCAUCUUCUGAAGAACACCCUGUUCAAGUUUAUGCUGAGGUGCACGUGAAGAAGGAACCGCUUGAGGUUUUUGGUCAUAACAAUGGAAAAACUGAGGAACCAAUAGUAAUUGACAUUUCAGAUGAUGACGAGUGAUGAUCAUUUUGAGCUGCUUUUUUUUAUUCUAAGUCAAUCCAGUUGACUUGCUCAUUUCCAGAACUAAGAUUCAUCUUAUGCUCAAAUUGAAGAAUCUCAACUCAGAACUGAAGUAUGCGGAUUCUGGAGAAGUUUCUAGUUAUAUCCAAUUAAGAAUUGCUCUAACAUGCAAUAGACAACUCUAGCCUUGCUAACUUUAUAACUUGUAUAAAUGUUUAAGCUUUGUUGAUUUGGGUGAUUGGUAAAAUUACAUUAACCUCCUCUGAGCCUCUAAUGUUAAGGUAACGUUUGUUUUGAGGUACUGGGAGUCUGGGACAGAGAUUCAGAGACUGGUACUAAAAUGUCAGAGACUGUCUCAAAAAUUUCAAUAUUUCGGUAUCUCAGAAAGGUAGGGACAUAGAGAACUAAAAUUUUUUAAGAUAGAGACUGAAAUUUUAAUAAUAUUUUAUAUCUAAAAUACCUUCAUUUU